GUGAUUUGCAUAAGAUCUCCCAGCAUGCCUUUCUGUGUGACAGACGGACGGAUAUCGGGGAGCGGGGUGUGCAUGGAAUAGGCCUGUGGCAGAGAACAUGGCUACCGUAGACAUAGAGGCGGAGCGGGAGAAGAUCCAGAGGCAGAUUGAGGCACUGGAGAGAAGUUUGGGUCCCAGUGCUGCCACGUGUGAGGAGGCCGAGGCAAGUGACUGCUCCGAUGAUGAUGAUCUUGACGUGGAAUAUGGAGAUUACCAAACAGAUGAUUUCGGUCUGGGCGAUGGCGGGGACUCGGUGGAGAUGGGAUUACAGAUGAACCUGGUCUACCAAGCGGUGAUAGAGGAGAAGCUGCAGGAGCUGGCAAUCCUCAUUGCUCAGAACAAGGACCAGCAGGAGCAGCUGCUGUGGGAACUUGCUGGGCGCAAAACUCAAAGAGCUGGAAUCAAAAAAGCCUACCCCACCAACCUGGCCGUCGGCCACUUCUUCAAGCCGUAUUUUAAGGAUAAGUUCAGCGGAGUGGGGCCCCCGGCCAAUCAGGAGAUGAUAGAAAGAUCCGCUCACGUCGUGAAAACCUUUACAGAAUUCACCAGUAGGAAAUGGAUCCCGUCAUAUAACGCUGAGCUGAGACAGGCCAUUGUCAGCGGCACCUUACAGAGGAUGCUCCAGCCCAAACUUCUAAAGCUGGAGUAUCUGCAGCAGAAGCUUGGUAACAAAAACACUGAUAUUGACCGAAAAAUUUUGACAAAGCAAAUCCAGGAAACUGAACGUGAAAUUGAUGAUAUGAACCAACUUCCAGAGGAUGCAUUGAUGGGCCAAAGAAGUGAUGAACAUGACUGGGAAAAGAUUUCUAACAUCAAUUUUGAAGGUGCUCAGAGUUCUAGAAGACUGAGGAGAGUCUGGCAAAACUACGAGCAUCCGCAUAUUAACAAGGAUCCAUGGGAUGAGGAGGAAAUCCAGAAGUUACAGAAAAUAGCGGAGAGUCAUAACUUUGUCAACUGGGAAGAGAUCGCGCAGGAAUUAGGGACAGAGCGCACGGCGUUCCAGUGUCUGCAGAGAUUCCAGCUCAGCAACAAAGAAUUCAAGAGGAAAGAGUUCACUAAGGAAGAAGACGAAAUACUGACGCACUUCGUCCAGCGAAUGAGAGUUGGAGACCAUAUUCCUUACCGUAAAAUUGCCUAUUUCAUGGAGGGUAGGGACCCCAUGCAACUUGUCAGUCGGUGGUCAAAGUCGCUGGAUCCCAGCCUGACGAAGGGGCACUGGAGCAAGACAGAAGAUGAGAUGUUACUGAAAGCGGUCGCUAAACAUGGCGAGAAAGAAUGGUACAAAAUCCGUCUGGAGGUUCCGGGGAGGAGCGACAUCCAGUGCAGAGAGAGGUAUUACAAGGGUCUCCACAAGGAUGUGAAAAAGGGCAAAUGGAGUGAGGAAGAACGGGAGAAACUGAUUGCACUUACUGAAAAGUACGGCGUAGGUCACUGGACAAAAAUAAGCAAAGAGUUAACACAGCGGAAUGGCGCCCAGUGCCUGAGCAAGUGGAAACACCUUAGAGGUUACUACAAGAGGAAGAGACAGGAGCAGAAACAUGUGAGGAUACAACCUAAGAAGAUGAAGGAAGAGGUAGUGAGUGAUGAGGAGGCCAGUGGCAGUGAUAGCAGCAGCUGCUCCUUCAGCCUCACCAGCAGUGACACUGAGGACAGCGCAGUGACUCAUUCAGAGGAAGACUCCGAUCCCAGUAAUCUACAUUCUCCUCCCGCCUUGGAUCUUUGGAUCCCCAGAAGGACGAUUCCCGACUCGUGUAGAAAAAGCCUUAUCAUCCAUCCUAAUGCUUCCGGCAGCACGAGGACUAAAGUCCAGAGGAAGGGGGACGCUUUCCAGUUCAACACGAUACUGAGGGGCGUUGCCUACCCCACGUCCACAGACACCGUCACCGAUUCUCCAGACGUCUUCCUCUCACAGGCCGCGGACAGCGGGUGUCAGAUGCUACAGAUCCGGGAGAACGAUGUCCGCGCGGUCCUGAGACGGAACACAGAACUUUACCGGGAACAGCAGGUCCAGCGGCUGAAGCAGAAGCUUAGAAAGUGCCCAGCCGGGUCUGGGAAGGAUAUUCCAGGGCACGAGACCACAGAGAAAUCUUUGUCGCGGUUUUCAGUGUCCCAGUUGUACAAAGCGUCAGUGGACAGAAGGCUUCUAUUCGCUGUGACCCCCUGGGUGGGAAAUGUCUUUCUUCCGCUAUCCGCAAACUACGGGAGGAAAAGGAGAACACACGCUGAUGUGAUGAGGAAAAAGCUUCAUUCUGUGACUAUAACCAGCACCCCCAUUUUCACCCUGCUUAUCCAGCUGUUUCAGAUAGACGCCCAGGGCUGCCUGCAAAUGAUCCGCCUGAGGAAAGUGAAAGAGACGGAGAUUGUUAGAACCAUCAGAAGUUGCACAAUGAGGAUGGAGCGCGGGGCGGGGACCGCUGAUCCCCUGUCACCGAAAAGCCUUUUAGUGCAAUCUUUUCAAAAACAAGAUCCAAAGGUACAACAUGGCGGGAAACCAAGACCCCAAGGAAAGCAGUGCAUCUCUCAACCCACAUUAAUAGCUCCUGCUCCACCGGGAAUAGCUUCUGCUCCCACAUUAAUAGCUCCUGCUCCCCCGGGAAUAGCUUCUGCUCCCACAUUAAUAGCUCCUGCUCCCCCGGGAAUAGCUUCUGCUCCCACAUUAAUAGCUCCUGCUCCCCCGGGAAUAGCUUCUGCUCCCACAUUAAUAGCUCCUGCUCCCCCGGGAAUAGCUUCUGCUCCCACAUUAAUAGCUCCUGCUCCCCCGGGAAUAGCUCCUGCUCCCUCAGUAAGAGCUUCUGCUCCUACACAAAAGCCAAAAACUGUGUAUGAGUUAUUGAUGGAAAAGCGAAUGCAGCAAGCGAGAGCUAGGAAGGCGGCCAGGCAAAGUGCGGUUCUCCUGGCUCCUCCACAGAUUCUUCUUCAGCAGCAGCCGAACCCAUUAAGACAACCGCAGCCCAUGACGAUUAAUGUGGCUCCGCUCAAUGCGCAGAAGAGUGUCUGGCCAGUUGUACCCUUCAUAUCGUUGCCAGCAGGACAGGUUAUUCUACCGAGUAACGACGCUGUCGGGCAGAUGUCACCAGCAGGGAGACCUGAGAUGGAUGCAGGGAAUGCAUUACCUGUUUCUCAAACUGACAAAGCCCCAGAAAGUGUAAAUAGUAAAAUAACCAGCGAUUGUCCGUCUCCUUCCCAGACCAUGGCGGCCGCACAAACCGCGUCUGUACAGCCCGGUCAAACAGCAGGGAGCCCACUUCCUGUGACCUGGAUAGUGACCCCUCAAGGGUUUUUCCCAAUUUCAUAUCAAGCUUUAAGGUUCCCUAGUCCAACCCAGCUGCCCAUAAAUCAGGUGAAGAGAGACGUCUCCACAUCAUCGGAAGCCAGAGCUGCCGAAACUUCUACACAUGAGACAUCGAUGGCCAAAGCCUCAGAAGUACCGGUAGAUUUACACAUCAGUAACAAUGAAACUUUGCGUGUUGUUAAAAGCUCUUUAUCACAGGAAGCUACGGCAAUGACUUCUGCCAGUGUGCCUCCUGUUCCACCAGGUGGACCUCGUUGGCCAAUCAUAGCCCCUGCACCAAAUGUACCCAGCAAGUCAAGUCAGUGUACAUGGAGACCGAAUAAAUAUCCUCUUGUUAAGAUUGCAAAGCUCUUACCCUCGGACCACUCUGGAGUAAACGCAGUGACUGUAUCAAAGAAUGGAGAUCCCAAUCCAAUCCCGAGCAGCUCUACCCAGACCUGUACAGCUGGCGCUGAGAAGAACAUCUUAGAUGUGAGCCUCAUCUCCUUGGAAGAGGAAGCCAGUGUGAGAGAGUGGCUUCAGGGAAAGAGCGGCGGGGUAGACGUUCCGGCAGGAGAGAGUGCCGGGGUGGACGUGCUGGCAGGAAAGAGCGGCGGGGUGGACGUGCCGGCAGGAAAGAGCGGCGGGGUGGAAGUGCCGGCAGGAAAGAGCGGCGGGGUGGAAGUGCCGGCAGGAAAGAGCGGCGGGGUAGACAUUCAGGAGGGAAAGAGCGGCGGGAUAGACGUUCCGGCAGGAAAGAGCGGCAUGGCCUAUUUGCCACCUUCUAUUUGCACUCUGAAAACAUUUUCUAGGAUUCUGAGACAGAAGAAAGCUUUGGAAGAGAGCGCUCUUACACUGCUUCCCCAUGAUGAGGCUGUAGAGACCGUGACCUCCCAUAGAAAGCAGGAGAUCCUCAAUGACUUGGUGGAACAGAAGCUGAAGGAUAACCCAGCGUACCACCUGCUCAAGCAGCGAUUUCUCUCCGCGUUCACCUUCCCAGGUUUCUUGGCCAGUUUCCCACCAGCUAUAAGUACAUCGGUGAAAGAGGAGGAGGAGAGCGCUGAGGACAGUGAUGGGUCUAUGUACAGAGACGAGGACGGCCCCGGGGGAAGCGGUAAUAAUCAGUCAGGAGACGUCCCUUCCGGAGAGGUCAGGUUGUCAGAGCAGGAGGGCGCUCAGUGCCAGUCAGUGACUACUGAUAAUACGGAGGACGCCAAGAGAAGGAUCACCAGGAAAAGUGUGCGCUGUCGUAGACUGACGUGAAGUACCGGUACGUGAAACUCACCUGAUUCCAGCCUGCUGCCGAUCAGAGUUGUCACUAGCGCCUGAGAGAUGAUGACGCAAGCUCUGCGCACCCCUCAUCCUGCAGGAACCUCCGGGUGUAUAAUCACGUAUCAGAAGCACAAGACACUUACCUGCAAUUGAAGUGAGGUCUGGGUAUCCCAGGUGCCGCUGUGUCCCCUGCUCUUUGUCUUGUGUGGAAUGGGGGCGAGACAACAUCUUCUAGUCUUUGGAGUUUGGGGCUGGGGUAUGACAUCAUGGUCAUGUGACAUAUCCCAAGCCCAUUACAGAUACGGAGCUACCCAUGACAUCACAGGUAAUCACUCAUGUCAGCGUGUGGGGUGCACCGCCAGCCCUGGAGGCAGCCCUUGUGUAGGCCAAGACCAUAUUGAGGUGACAUCACCUAGAUGCAAGACUGUCUCUGGUCACUGGUGGCUCACCGCAUGCGUCCUCAAUGUAACUACUGGUGAGUAACACCUUGGAACUACCGACGUUUGCCUGUUACGCACAAUGGUUCCCGACCUCUAUAACAUUUCUACAGGGUGUGAUCUAUAAUAUAUAAUGUCCGUUCCUCUCGCAGCGGUAUUACAGAUUAAGGAGGCGGAUUUUGUGCUGUACCAUUGAGUUAAUGAUCGUGAUGACUAAACAUCCCACAGCGAGACUAUAAUCACACGAUGCCAGGUAAUAUCAUCUCCUACAGGGGGACGCUGGACAGUCUGUGACCGCCUCCACGUUACUUUUACUCCUCCAUACUGGAAGGUGUCCUGUAGCGGCAGUCGGCAGGACGCUCCGUAUGACGGAUGAGAAGUUUGGAUAUUUUGCUGCUCGUCUGAACAGGACACGUUGAUGGAUUUCUAUGUAUUAUGUCCUGUUACAGUCACGUAUGCACAUUCCUACGCUGGUGUUUGUGUCUACUAGAUGGGUCACCAACGUGUUUUGUUUUUUGUACCUUGAAAUCUAUUUGAUUAAAAAAUAAAUCUAUUUUCUCGGUUA